AUGCUCCGUUUUAUCGCUGUUGCCACAAUUUUAGUGCCUUUAAUAGCAGUUCUAUUCGGUAUUAUAGAGAAUGCUCAAUAUGUAAGUCUACCUAAAUCGAAAUAUCUUGGUCCAAUCCAAGAUCGUCUUCCAUCGAAAAGCGAUGAGUUUGGUCGUUAUACGAAACCGCUAGCACUCAUCGAUUAUUCAUGGACCUCUUCAUCAAAAUUAUUCGAUUUUAUUGCAUUUAAACAUUGGGAUUUCAAGUCAGUUUCAACAUCAAAUUACUUUAUUGUCGCUGCUAUCGCAAAUUUUAAUUAUGUUGCCAAUGCAUUUGUCUAUAUUAUUGAUCGAACCAGUCAAGAAAAAACAAUUUAUCAAUAUGAAAGUAGAUCUAUUUUAGCACAAGCUAUUAAAGAGCAAGCCAAGUCAUCUAUUGAUGGAUGUACACAUUAUUAUCAAUCGUCAUCAGAAUAUAUUCGUCUAUGUUAUAAUACAAAAGACAAAGUCUAUGAAAUCGAUAUAAAUGUACCAAUGAAUAAUGGUCAUCAAGUAUCAUUAGAUUCAAAAAUAGAAUAUUCAAAUGAAAAACAUCAAUCCAUGGUUUUAGUCUAUCCAGUUGAACAAACUCGUCCAGCAUAUACACAUAAAAUAGCUGGUUUAUCUGCUCGAGGAAACAUAAAAAUAGAUAAUAAUAAAGAAGAAGAAUUUCUGGACGGUGUUGGUAGUAUUGAUUGGACUUCAGGUUAUCCAGAAAGAUUAUGUCGAUGGAAAUGGGUUUCUCUUUCGACAACAGGAACAAAUUCAUCUAAUGAGGAAUCUGUUACAAUUGGUAUAAAUCUUUCUGAUUUAGUUUACAAUGAUCAGAAUGGUGUUUCAAUGGAAAGUGCUGUUUGGAUGAACGGACAAGUAUAUACAGUCAAUAAAAUGAUCUAUGAAUUACCUGAAGAAAAACAUCAAACGAAACAACCAUGGAAAAUCUAUUCUUCAGAAGAUACUAGUUCCGAAAGUCCUAAGAUUCGUCUUAAUUUUCAACCAUGGGGUAGUCAAGAAGAGCAUAUCAAUGUGUUUCUUGUAACUGGAGAUUUCGUUCAAGUUUUUGGUAUUUACAGUGGAACCAUAGAGUUAUUUGGUCAAACGUAUAUAAUUGAAAAUGGUUUUGGUGUUGCAGAAAAUCAUCGUGCUAAAUGGUGA